AUGGAUGCUAUAUUAAAAAUAGUUCAGCAACGAAUAGUUUUUGCAUGGGAAGCGUUACAAGAUAUUAUCAGUGUUCCAAAAAGGCAACGACGACUUAUUAUGGUCAUCGUAUGUGUUGCUUUAUUACUUGACAAUAUGCUCUACAUGGUCAUUGUACCGAUUAUUCCAGAUUAUUUACAGAGUAUAGGAGCAUGGACAUCGAGUAAAAGUAAUAUAUCGAAAUCCGUAGCAAUAAAUGACAAAUCAUCAAAAGUAAUUAAUAAUGAUGAUGAUGACAAUUCUGAAGAUGUUGCUAUUGGAACAUUAUUUGGUUCGAAAGCAAUGAUUCAACUAUUAAUCAAUCCAUUUAGUGGUGCACUAAUUGAUCGGAUCGGUUAUGACAUCCCGAUGUGUAUAGGACUUUGUGUCAUUUUUUUAUCAACAACAACCUUUGCAUUUGGUCGUUCAUAUGGUGUCUUAUUUUUAGCAAGAAGUUUACAAGGUGUUGGUUCGGCUUUUGCUGAUACAUCUGGUCUAGCUAUGAUUGCUGAUCGAUAUACAGAUGAAGCUGGUCGUACUCGACAAUUAGGUAUUGCCUUAGCAUUUAUUUCAUUUGGAUCUCUUGUUGCUCCACCAUUUGGAGGCAUUCUAUAUGAAUUUUUCGGUAAACGUGUACCGUUUCUGACAUUAGCCUUUAUUGCUCUAUUUGAUGCGGUUCUAUUGUUUAUUGUAAUGCGUCCGAGUCGACUUCGGCAGGCAUUCGAUUUUUCGAAUCAUGUAGACGUAGAUAAGCCCAAAGGAACACCUAUAUGGCGUUUGUUGAUGGAUCCAUAUAUUGCUGUGUGUGCUGGAGCUUUAGCUAUGGCUAAUGUUGGUUUGGCUUUUCUUGAGCCGACAAUAUCAAUAUGGAUGCGUGAACAAAUGAAUGCUACCGAAUGGCAAAUGGGUUUAAUAUGGUUACCAGGUUUUAUUCCACAUAUUAGUGGAGUUUUCCUAACUGUUAAACUCAAUGAACGCUACCCUAAAUAUCAAUGGUUAAUGGCGUUUAUUGGACUUGCUCUUCAAGGUACGAUGUGCAUUUUUGUGCCAUUUUGUAAGAAUUUCGGUACACUUAUGAUACCUAUUAGUGGAAUAUGUUUUGGAAAUGCUUUGGUAGAUACGGCUUUAUUACCAACACUUGCGUAUCUUGUAGAUGUUCGUCAUACGUCUGUCUAUGGAUCGGUCUAUGCUAUUGCUGAUAUAUCAUAUUCACUUGCCUAUGCAAUGGGCCCAAUAUUAGCUGGUUCAAUAGUUUAUGCAACUAAUUUUUUUACGUUAAAUAUCCUUAUAUUUGUUAGUAAUAUUGCUUAUGCACCUGUUCUAUACAUAUUAAGAAACUUUUACACAUUUAAACCAUUGGGAAAUGAUGAAUUAGCACCAUUUGCACAUCAACCCUUACAAAACGAGCCUGAUGAUGAUAAUUAUUUAAGGUCAGUUGCAAAUAAUAAUUACAGUACAACAAACGUAUUUGAUUCAUCGGUAAAUUCUUGGUCGAAACCAAACAAUGGAAUGGGUAUGACAAAAGAAAAUCAAUAUCCUCAAUUGAAUAUGAUCGGGCAACAAGGUUCAGUACAGUUCCAAUCGAAAUCAAGAAACAUUAUUGAUUAUGAUGAUUUCUAA